AUGGCCUCUUGCACCAGAACCACACACCCUGUGCCUCGGCACUACUCUUUCGGGCUUUGGAUUACGAGCAUUCUUUUGUUCACGGCGGCAACAACGCCGACGACGAAGGGGUGCGUAGAGGGCGAGAGGGACGCCCUCCUCGACUUCAAAACCGGCAUCGUCAAGGAUCCUUCCAGCCGUUUGUCAUCAUGGCGAGGCCGAGUAGACUGCUGCAGAUGGAGCGGGGUGGUCUGUGACGACACAACCGGCCAUGUCGUGGAGCUUAACCUCAAUCCAGACUAUCUAAACAAUGAGACGUCUAUCGGAGGUGAGAUCAGACCAUCCUUGCUCCUGCUAACUCAUUUGGAGCGUCUCAACCUCAGCCACAAUGACUUGUCGACCGAUGGCCUGCACUGGCUCUCGCGUCUCACUUCCUUGAGAUACCUCGACAUGAGCUUUGUGAACCUUUCCAUGGCCUCCCACGAUUGGCUUCAAGCAGUGAACAUGUUGUCCUCACUAGAGGAGCUACAUUUACAUGACUGUGGCCUCACCGACAUCCCCUCUUCUCUUUCCCAUGUCAACCUCACAGCACUGGCCACUCUGGACAUCAGUGACAACCUCUUCAACUCCACCAUCCCCAAAUGGCUAUGGAAACUCCACAGACUCUCUUAUCUUGAUCUCAGUUUUUCUAUGUUUCAUGGUGCCAUACCCGCUGGGAUUGGAAAUUUGGCCGAUCUAAGAGAACUUCAUCUUAGUGAUAAUUCACUUUCAGGUCCCGUACCCACUGAGAUUGGAAAUUUGAAUAGUCUAGAACUUAUCAAUCUCACGAAUAAUUUACUCUCUGGAUCGUUACCUACUGAGAUCGGCAAGCUUUCCAACCUCAAUAUUCUUUCUCUCUCUAGUAAUUCCCUAGAGGGCACCGUGUCUGAACUCCAUUUCGCUCGCUUAACCAAACUAAGUGAGCUCGAUCUAUCUGAAAACUCCCUAGUCAUCUCAGUAGACUAUAAUUGGGUUCCUCCUUUUCAACUCCGAUCCAUUCAACUGAAGUCUUGUAAGUUGGGGCCUGCAUUUCCAAGAUGGCUCCGUUCACAAAACUCCAUUGAGGAUUUGGGUAUGUCGAACACAAGCAUCGAGGACGUCUUGCCUGAUUGGUUUUGGAAUAAUUCUGCUUCAUCUAUAAAUCUCUCCCAAAAUCAGAUUAAUGGAAGACUGACCGAGUCAACGUUGGGGCAUUUCCGUAGCAGUCUCACACGUCUCGUCCAUCAAAAAGUAGGAGAUGAAGAAAGGAUGGAGAAGUCACUUCGAGUCCGUUCGCAGCAGCCGUGGAAGCUUCUUCGAAGGCACGCGGUGGGGGACUCGAACCGCUUGGCGACCGGAGUCAACUUUGACAAGGAUCGGUGA